AUCAUUCAUUCACUGCCAUUUUGGGGUGAUCACGAGACUGGCCUGGUCAUUCAGCCAAAUCGGGCGCGCUGAUUUUUUUGUAAUGUCUUCCCCAGACAGGGCUGAUCCUUCCACAGUUUUGGACAAAUUUCUGGUUGGGUAUCAGGGAUGGUAUUCUACCCCUGGAGAUCGGGUAAUCCUGCGGGAAGGCACAUGGAAUCAUUGGUUUGACAAAGAGCCAGGUUUGGGAGGUGGUCGACCGCAGUUCGAUAUUUGGCCAGACACAUCCGAAUAUGCCGCCUCUGAUUUGCAUGAAGUUGAGGGGUACAACACACCAUGGGGACUUGCAAAACUCUUCUCAUCUUUCAAGUCUGGUGUCGUGGAUUUGCAUUUCCAAAUGAUGAAAGACCAUGGGAUUGAUGGUUCAUUCCUUCAACGGUGGGUUAACCAAUGCAAUCCCAGUGGCGAUCCGUGGAGCGAACUUGCACGCCUGACACUAGAACGAGAUGCUGUCCUAAAGCUCGUCCGUGCAGCAGCUGAAAAGCAGGGAAGGGUGUGGGCCAUUAUGUACGAUUUGACGGCGACGCCUUCUGAUCGUUUAGAAGCGGCAAUUCUUUCAGAUUGGGACCAUCUGAAUCGCGAUGAGGGUGUCACUUCCAGCGGGAUGUAUUUGAGGCACGGAGGCAAACCAGUCCUAGCUCUGUGUGGAGUCGGGUUUGCGCGCUCGCAACAGUCUCCCUCAAUAUUGAAAUCUAUCAUCGAAUCCCUUCGAAGACGAUGGCACGCUCAAGGGGGGAUUUGGAUCAUACUUGGAGUAUCAACACAGUGGAGAAACCCGGGAACCGGAGACCAAGAUGCAUCAGCAGACUGGCUCGAAGUUUAUCACCUGGUUGAUGCGAUCUCUCCCUGGACUGUCCGUCGAUAUGGCAAUGAAGAAAGUGCAGAUACAUACGCUUCCAACACUGUCCGAGAUGAUAUGAAGUUUUUGGAAAAAAGGGGCAUAAAAUACAUGCCCACGGUUUUUCCAGGAUUUUCGAUGGCGAACGCCACCAAACUGGGACGCUAUAACGAGGUACCUAGACAAGGGGGAAGAUUCUUAUGGAGACAGCUAUAUAACCUGCAGAUGGAAGGAGCGAGAACCAUUUAUGCUGCCAUGUUUGACGAAUUUGACUCAGGAACCGCCUUGAUGCCUGCUGUAUCCUCUCCAGACCAAAUCCCAGCACUUGACCCCAUGUAUCUAAGACGGAAUCGGUGGAGGUCCAAAUUCAUCACCACAGAUGAGGGUGGUGAUCCUGGCUUACCCUCGGAUUGGUUUCUUCGUGUAUGUGGAACUGCAGCCUUUGCGCUGAAGGGAGGCCCGAAAUUGGAUAAGGAGCUUCCUCGAAAGAAACUUUUAAUUGACUACUGGCAUUCGCGUCCUCGGCCUGCGCAAAGUGAGGCUUCAUGGUCAGCAAGUCCCAGUGGUUCUGGAUCUCAGGGCCCAAGCGGGAGUAGCAGCAAUAGUCAGCCGGUCCUUCAUAGUGUUCCUGCCGAGGAAGAUCCAUUGGAUGGCCUACCACCUCCUCCGUAUACACUUGAAGCUGGGUCCGGAGAGAAGAAAGCCGACGACUCUGAUUUGACCCGCUUAGCCGCGGCGACUGCUAAUGUGACAUUGAAUUCAUCGGAAGCUACGAGCGAUCCACAAUCUCCCUUGUCUCCGAUCAGUGUAGCUGGGACCCCGACACCCUCUGCUACUGCUACAUCGUCCGUGCAGACGGUUAGCAAUAUAGAUACACACCUGACCCAGGUUGUGCCCAGCGACCCGCCAAGACGAUUCGAGAGCCUAUCUCGACCUGACUCGAGCCCUACGCAAUUUCCACCGUCGCAACCGCUUCAUCCAGCUCCAGCUCCUCGACCUAACCUCUCCACUCGACCUUCAUCGAGUCGUCCUUCUGCACCGCUUGCUUCAAGACCUGCCGUUCCAGGAAGAUCGAGUGGGUCCUCCCGUCCAUCAUCACCUGCACCAGUUGUGGCUUCCACGCUAUUGUAUGAUGCAAUAUCGGUGAACCAUCAUACCGGUCCCAACUACCUCCGAUCCCCAGCCCUCCGCUCAAACUGCGAAUGGGGCGCCAGGCAACGCAACAAUUUCGUUCCCGAUGCCGUCUUCCUUCAUACCAAGCACCCACUCUUGGAAUAGCACACCGGCGCAGCAUGUCCCAGUCCAGAAUGUCGCCCCACCAUGGCCAAGUACU